AUGGCCUUCGUGAGCCGUCAGCUACGCGUGCGAACCAAUUUGCCCUUGUCCACUCUCCACCUCACACACCACAAGUUUCUGCAGGAGAGUCAAGAGUGUCAGCGCCUGCUCUCGCUCCUCGAGGGUCAGUGGAAAGAGGAGGCGGUUGUUGCUUCUCCGCCGCUCUUCCAUGGAUUCGACAACAAGUUCCUGAGCCUCCUCCCACAGCUUGUGGAGAUGCGAGUAGUGCUGCCAGAGAACGAAAUUUGGUCAUCCACUUCACAGGACGAGUGCCCAGAGUUCUCGCUCUUCUUCCUUCUGAAAGGGUCUGCCGAGGAGAUCUUGCCAGCCCAGCGCAAGCGCAGAGGAAAUGUCAAUGCAGAGAUCCAGGUGAAAGCACUUCGCCGCACCAUCAGCCAGGGCGCUUGCGAGGGCGCUGCGCACAUGCUGUCCUUGAAGCAGGAAGGCGAACGGAAGUUCGCUGCCUCGACAGUGUGCGUUGCCGCUGUGCUGCACAGGAAGGUUUUUCUUCAUCUGCUGCACAGUCAGAACGUGCCAAUCCAGGCUGUGGAGAUGCUCCGACUGCUUGAGGAGGCACUGGACAAGAGCGAGCCCCUCCCGGACCACACGUUGCCUACUUUCGAGAUGCUGGAGACGUGCUUGCCACUCUUUAGCGGUCUGGACGAGGCGUUCAUGGGCUCGAUCUUGAACGGCGGAAGCAAACGCUUCUACAUGGAAGGGCAGCAGCUCUGUGCGCCGAAGCAUCGCUCCGAUGCAUGUUUUGUCGUUCUUCGCGGAGAGGUGUCCAUAAGAAUGUCAGGUGUUACCCUGGCAACUCAUCGCCGUGGUAAGGCAUUGCACAUCCUCGCGUUGGCGGCGGGACCUUUCAUCCCUUCCUACGAGACGCUGUGCGUCCGUGCCAGCGAAGUUUGGGUUCUUUCACGCACUGUGCUGAUGACCUCCCUCGACCAAUACCCUGCCAUGAAGAGCAUCCUUGAGCAGUUGACCACACUGCAAGUGGCCAGGCUCACCGGGAUGUCGGAACCACAGGAGGAAGACUCGGAAGACGACUCCGGUGUCAUGCAAGGGCUUCGUGGGCUUGGUGACAAUGCAAAAGAGCCUGCCGAAGCAGAUCCAGAUUCCCCGAUCGAUCUGGCUCAGCUGUCCAUCUUCACCGGUGUUUCGAACGAGUUCCUUCACUGGAUCCAAGAAAAUCUGGAGCCAAGGAUCCUCUUCUCGGAUGACACGCUGUUUGGCGAGGGCGAGAAGACAGAAGAUCUGUACAUUGUCUGCAAGGGCAGCAUUUGCAUGGAGACGGAGGAGCCGGAAACCUUCUGCCGCGGGUCUUGCUUCGGCGACGCCCACCUGUUGGGUGUGUCGCAGGGAGCCGUGGCAACUGCCGUCAGCCUUGAGAUGUCACUAGUGCAGGUGCUGAAUCGCCAAGUCUUACUGAGUGGUCUGGCACAGUUCCCCUCAGAGGCUCCCGCGGGGACGCCAUGA